CUACAAGAAAACAGAACGUUGGCGCAAUGUUGUUCUCUUAAAUAAAUAUUAAUUUUAACCAUAAACAGAAAGCAUUUAUUAGGGUAAGCAGAAUGGAAGGGAUAAGCUUCGAUCCCUUAUCUUACCUUCCGGAUGAUUCCUUUGUGAUAGAGUGUGGUGACGACUUUGGUGGAAUCUGUGAGGAUAUUGUUUGCCUUGCUAAUGCAACACAUCUGGUGGAUCAACUGGAUCCUUCAAAAUUGGCCUCUGGAAGCGAAAGUCCUCCGAGUAGCAGCUACUACUCUUCGGCAAGAUGUUUUGACAAAGAGAUACCUUCGUUGUUCUCUGAAAUGGAAUACCUGACUGAGGUUUCACCGGAAACGGAAAUGGCAAUCGUUCCUGCGCAUAUUCUGCCUAUUGCUGUGGAUCCAAGUGAGUUUUCCUGGUCGCGUAGAGAAAAAAUUACAAAUGACAGUAGCGAACAGGACCAACAAUUCUAUCCUCAACCGAAAAACUCGAAAAGCUCUUCAUGCGAUCGAUAUUCUGUUUCAACGAACUAUAGGACAAUCCUGCAUAAUUAUAUUCAGAAAGGAAAGCGGAAGCUGGAGGAAAGCACCUAUCUAAAAACGAAAGCCAUGUCUGUGAAGAGCAGCAACAAUUCUACCUCCCUUGUUGAAACUGUUACUUGUAAUUCAUACGGAAACCCGCCAAACACCACUGCCACCAGGGCGAAUCCACCGCGCGAACCGAGCGAGAAAACGACCACCGGUUCGGCUCUAUCACCAAGCUUCCGCUGUAAAGAUUGUAACUGUUGCUUCCUGUCUGUCGAACGGCUUAAGAAACACCCCUGCAUCAUCGCCGAGCAGUACCAGUGCCAGCUGUGCCGGCGCGAGUUCCGCCGACGGAAAACUCUUGAGCAACAUAUCAAGUCACACAAUAAGGUUUUCUCCACCGACGAAGACCUUCGGAAGUGGUAAAUCUUGCUGUUUCGUAACAGAACUUUAGUCUUCGUGUGUGUAUUCGUUUGGGUUUUGACUUGUAUAAAUGUUACUUAAA